AUGGUUUCCAAGAGGGUGCAGCUGUUCUUGCUGCUAAUUGCAUGAGACUUAAUUGAUUAAUAUGGUAUUGAAUAUAAAAUAAACACAGGAGUUGCCUGAUGGAGGACAGGAUCAGUGAGUUGCCCGAGGUCGUGCUCCUCCACAUCCUAUCGUUCUUGCCAAUGUGUCAGGUCGUCCGAACAAGCAUUCUGUCAAGAAGAUGGAGGCACUUGUGGACUCAGGUUCCUGUCUUGGACUUCGGCACCCACGAGCCUGAAUUCUCGCUUUGGUCCAUUGAAUCAUUCAUUAACUAUUGCCUGAUGCUUUACAAUGCCCCAAAGAUUAAGAAAUUUUGCGCUCGUGUCGACCAGAGCCGCAUCUGUCAUUGCACUCUCGAUGCAUGGCUCCGCUUUGCUGUGCAGCAUAAUGUAGAAGAGCUAGAUAUGGACUAUAUCGCUGGAUACCAUAGUGGCAACUUGCACUUUUUUUUAUACAAUCUGAUGCCUGGAUUGUUUUCCCAGUGUGGUGAAUUAAGAGCAUUGAGAUUGAGAGGCUGUGCUCUAAAUCUGCUGCCAUCCUUGUGUCUUGGCUCGCUGAGGACACUGAAGCUCUACCAUGUCAUAAUUGUGUCAGACUUGAAUACUUCUGGCUUCCCGCUUCUUGAAAGUUUAACUCUGUAUGGAUGCAACAGCAGAAAGCAUCUCAGCAUAUAUUCUCCAAAUCAUAAACUCGAAAAAUUAAAGAUAUGUGACGUGUCUGAUGUCCUUUAUGCAAGCGGUGAUCUAAUAAUUGAUGCUCCAUACCUGUCGUCUAUUGAAAUCAGUGGUUAUAUGCGGCAUUCUGGCUACUCUAUUAAAAAUUUAUCAUCUGUUACACAUGCUUGUCUUAAUUUUACGGGCAUGUUCAGAACAGCUUAUACUCUUUUUGGCGACCAUAUGUCGGUGAAACUUCUUGAAAGUCUUAGCCAUGUUAAAACUCUUAAACUUUGUCAAUGGAGCAUCCAGAAUAUGGCUUUGAUGGGGAAGCCAAUUCUUGAAAAUUCAGUUUUUAGCACUACAUGUCUGGAAUUGGGUGCUAGUUUGAACAGAUGCGAAAUUAAAGGGAUCGCGCAUUUGCUGAUAAAUUCACAUUAUCUGGCGACUCUUGCUGUAGAUAUUCAGAUGAUGGUUGGAAGAAAUUAUGACAUUGCUGAGAGCGAAGGUUGGGAAAUGUUAGAACUUGCCAUGUCGUCCCUCUUGCAUCUCAAGACUGUUCAGAUAUACAACCUUUUUCGCACUACUGAAGUUUCUUUUUACGGUGAAGCAAGUCACAUCAUCAACAAAGUCCUAACGGACUGUGAGAAAGAAAUUACGCUGCUGGAGGUUGUUCUUAAGAGCUGUAAGAUGCUGGACAAAAUGUUUAUCAGCGCCAUCAAUACCCAAGAUCCCACCGAGUGGAUGUUAAUUUCAGAAUUGCUUCUCAAGCUUACUGAAGUUACCUUCAAAUUCAUUGAGGCAUGUUUAAGCUUUUAUCUCUUAGCAACUCAUUCUGAUGAGAGAGUGAUGAUAGCGGUUUUAAAUGUCAAUCUUGACGACAUCUUUUAG